CUGCAAAUUUUAGAAAUGGCUCAAGCAGUUGCUAGCGGGCAGGUGAUUGAACAAUACGGGCCGUAUGGUUCUCAAUUGCCGGAAAACUAUCGCGUUCAACUUGCUGAUGGUGAGCGUUUCACUACACUAACAGUGGACAGUGGAUACAUUGUGGAUGGAAUCAGAUUUGAGAUAGCUAAGCCUGAUGGAAGUACCAGGACUGUGCAGAUCGGUGGCACUAGCCCACCAACCAGCACACACUUUGUUAAUCAGAUUGUGCUCAAGGAUGGUGAAUACCUAACCGGUGUUAGUGGAACAUAUGGAAACGAUAGAGAUCGGAAGCAAGUUGAUGUUGCGACAUUGAAGAUUCAGACCAAUUUCAAUCCUCAAGGAUAUGGACCAUAUGGACAAGGAAAGGAUGUUGAUAAUUUAACUGCUUUUUCAUCGCCAAACAUAACUGAUGGUCCUGUUGUUGGAGUUUUUGGAAGGAGCGACGGCUAUAUCGAGUCAAUUGGACUUCUCGUGAGGAAGGAAUUUUCGAGCGCUAAUUAAUGACGUUCUCCAAGUCUUAGGCUACUGUAUUCAGCCAAUGGGGAUAUCUACUAUUAUUUUUGUUUCCAAUAAGCCACAAUAAGAGAAUU